AUGAACAUGCCUUAUUUUAAGCCUCGUUCAUAAGCCAGUUAGAAUUCUUUUAUUAAACAAUAUUAAGAUUUUCUAUAAAAGAAUAGAAAGAAUACUGCAUCAAUCUUGGAACCUAAAAAACAAUAAACUAAGUAAUCAUAUUCUCCGCUCUUUAAAUAACCUAAAUUAAGUUAUUCUAAACUUAAAAAUUUGAGAUUACAAACUAGUCCAAGUCCAAAAAGACAAUAAUGUUAUUCUUUAAGUAGUCAUCAUUAAACUGAUAAUUCUACUUAAAUAGAUAGAUCAUUAAGUCAAUAUGAAUUUGAAGUAAAAGACAAAUCUGUUAGCAGUGCUAAUCUAUUUUAGGAAACUUAGAAUAAAGUAGAAGAACUUUAAUAACAGACUCCUGAAUUACAAUAAGGGAUCGUUGGAAUUUUAGGUUUAAUUAAAAAUGAAAAACAAGUUAUUUUGAAUGAUAUGAAAUAAAUGACAAAAGAAAUGAACUAAUAUAAAAAAUAAUAUGAAGAAAUUUAAAAGCAAUAAGAAUAAUUAUAACAUAAAUUCAAAGUUGCUAAAGAUGGCAAUGAAAUUCAUGAACGUUCUAAAGAUAAAAUUAAUGAUACCUAUCUUUAGAUGAUUUAAUUAUUAAAAGGACUUCAAGUUUAACAUAAUGAUGUUUUACCUUAAUUAGAAUAUAAUUAAUAAAAUAAUUUUGAAGAUGCAGAUGAAGAAGUGAGAAUACCUGAUAAAGAUGAGAUUAUUAUCUUAUAAAAAUUAAUCAUUAAAAAAUUAGUCAAAAAAAUUGAAGAUUAAAAAUAAUUGAAUUAACUACUAUUAACUAAAAUUAAGGAAUAUGAAAUUUGA